ACGUCUUUUACAAUGCGCUUAUAUGUACAUCAAUAUAUACUGUUAUUAUCAGUUUUGGUAUACGGUGACUUUUGUUUAAAAUGCUCAUUCGAAUCCUCUUGUGAUUGUACCUUAAACACAACAAUAAAUCUGAUAUCAGCAAUAUGUUCCGAUAGAGGUCUGCUAGCCAUUCCGUAUUUUUGCAACUCAUCGAUUCUACUAGAUUCAUUUGACGGAAGCUACAAUAAAAUCGAGCGUAUACCAAACUAUAUUUUCCGAAGUGCUAAAAACUUAAGAAACCUAGAUUUGUCACAUAACAGUAUAUCUUUAUUAUUAUCGGAAUCCUUUCAAGGACUUGAAGAAUUAGUUACUUUAAAUCUCGAGUCGAAUAGUUUAAAGUAUAAUAUUGAUAUCAUUCCACCAGACUGUUUCAAAAGUACUCCUCAACUUAGAUACCUUAACUUAAAAAGUAACGUAGGUUAUUAUUCGUCCACUCAAAAAUAUCCAAGUUUGUCAUCUCUUUCUGAACUUGAAAUUCUGAAGUUGGAUGGAUUACCACGAGACAGUUUUCAUCGAGGAUUUAAUGAGCUCAGUAAACUCACACACUUGGAUUUGUCAAGUAAAGACUGUGACAUAGGAAUCAUUCAGUCACGGUUUUUCCAUUACACACCAAAUCUUCGGUAUAUAGAUAUAUCACACUGUAAAGUGAGAAAAGUUUGGAAAAAUACCUUCAGUGGAUUGAAAAAUCUGACAUAUCUUAACGUUUCCUACAACGAGAAUUUGAAAUUUAAUGGCAUUGGGAACAUAACUUAUGAUUUACAGUUUACAUCCAUUGAGGUACUGAAAUUCAACAAAGUACAUGAAACUUUCGCAAUGAAUUCAGAAAUAGGUUACCAUACAUUGAAAGACCUUCAGCAUACAAAGCUAAGAGAGCUGCACAUGGAUAGUAAUAGAUUGCAAUAUGUUAAAACAGGAGUAGUUUCAAUGUUGCCAAAAACACUAGAUAGACUGUCAAUGGCCGACAACAUGCUCACGUUUGGGCAAUAUAUUUUGGAAGGAAGAAACAUGAACAUUUCUUUUCUAAACGUGUCAUUCCAGUUUACUUCACAUAAGCCUGUAUUAGACUCCACCGACAGAAAUGAAUCGAACUUCAGAGCUAAGCGUAGAAAAAGAGCUUUUAGGGUGAAUUUUCCACUUCCGUUCCCAAAGAAUUUACGGGAAGUUCAUUCGAGAGGAAGUCAAUUACAAUUCGAUAUCCCUAGGCUAGAACUAAUGGAAAAUAUGUUAGAAUAUUAUGAUGCCAGUCUUAAUCUGCUUGCACACUGGCGCGGACCAUUAUUGAAUUUCUUACACCUGAAAUUUUUGAAUUUAUCCAGUAAUUAUUGCUCUAAUAUUUCAUCAUAUUUCUUUAAAGGCACUGCAAGACUGGAAAAUCUUGAUAUCAAUAAUAAUUUGCUUGGGUUUAGCAUUCAAUUUGAUGUAGAUGGUCAAAUUCUAAAACCGCUUAAAAAUUUGCAAAUGAUAGAUUUUUCACAGAAUAGGAUACCGUUUUUGCCACCCUCAUUUUUCGUAUUUGUUGAACGAUUGGAAGUGUUAAAAUUAUAUGAUAAUCUCUUUGAAGAUAUUGAUUUCAGACUGACUCAAAUGAAAAACUUAUCACUUAUUGACCUAUCUAGAAAUCGUAUUCAAUUCUUAGGAUCUGUCGCAAUUAGUCAGUUGGAAUCAGUUUCGCGCAAUCACAUGUUGUCAUUGGAUUUAAGUGAAAAUCCGUUUAUUUGUUCAUGUGCUUCAUUAAAAUUUCUUAAAUGGAUGACAGAAACAGAAGUAGUGUUACUAAAUCGUGAAAACUAUUCUUGUAAAUAUGAAAACGGCACGAAAACAUUACUUUUAAACGUUAAUAACAUUUAUAACAAACUGAAAAAAGAUUGUUCAUCUUACCCUGUAAUAAUCAUUGGAAUAACCGGCGCAAUCUUUGUGUCUGUUUCGAUCGUCUGCUUUGGACUAUUUUAUCGAUAUCGAUGGAAACUACGCUAUAUCUAUUACAUGACUAAGAAUAGGUUCCGUGGAUAUGUUCCAGUCAUACAUCAUGCAAACAAAACUUUUCUCUACGACGCUUUCAUUUCAUACGCCGAACAAGACUGUGGUUUUGUUCAUAACGAUGUCAUAAAAAAUUUAGAAGGAGAAGGUAAUCUGAAGCUUUGUUUACACAAGCGAGAUUUUCUUCCAGGAAACGAGAUUGCUGCAAAUAUUACAAGUGCGAUUCACAACAGUCGUAAAACUGUUGUUAUUCUAAGUCCUCAUUACUUAGCAUCUAACUGGUGCCGGUUUGAGUUUAAUAUGGCAAAAAUUGAAAGCAUGUACACAAGAGAAAAUGAAAAUAUACUUUUCAUGGUUUUUCUCACUAAUAUUCCUUCCAGAGAAUUGCCUUUGAUGAUGAUGGAAUUUAUUGAUUCCAAUUCCUAUAUAGAAUACCCUGAUGAUGAAUUUGGGAACGUUGUAUUUUGGCAAAAAAUGCUGGAAGCUGUAAGUGCUUGAAUUCAAACAAAACUACUGAAUGGUUUUUGAUAUUUAAAAAUAUAUAUUAAUAUAUGUUUUCUUACUACAAUGUCCUGUUACUGUAAAUGACACACCAAAAGCUUGACAUUAUUAUCAUCCAAUAAAGUUCAAAUUAACUACAGAAGUUAUUUUAGAGUUUCGAUGCAAGACUCUGUUACGUAAAAACACGUAUUUUAUCAGAAGCACCAAAAAUGAAAUAAGAGAUCAAGCAAUAAAAAACCGAAGCUUUUCUUUUUGGAGAUACGAGAAGUAAGUCUCUUUUUACUUUUUACAAUCGACUGUCUGCUUUAACCCUCU